AUGGCCGCUGUAGAUAGAUUACAACACACCUCCAACGUGCUCGACGGCUCGAUGAAGAAGACCGCGUCGACGAUCUCCCUGAAGGAGAUGGACAACCCGUUCCACGUCUGUGUCAUCGGGUCCGGGAACUGGGGGACCACCAUCGCGAAGGUCGUCUCCGAGAACACCGUGGACCACCCGAGACUGUUCAACGCAGAGGUCAAGAUGUGGGUCUUCCAGGAGCAGAUCGACGGGAAGAACCUCACGGAUAUCAUAAAUACCGAGCACGAGAACGUGAAAUACCUGCCAGACAUCAAACUACCGGAAAACUUGGUCGCCAACCCAGACCUGCUGGACACCGUCAGGGACGCAGACCUCAUCAUCUUCAACAUCCCGCACCAGUUCCUGCCCAAGAUCGUCGACCAGUUGAAGGGCCACGUCAAGAAGACCGCAAGAGCGAUCUCGUGCCUCAAGGGGUUCGAGGUGGGGAAGAAGGGCGUGCAGCUGCUGUCCUCGUUCAUCACCGAGGAACUCGGCAUAGAGUGCGGUGCUCUGUCCGGUGCCAACUUGGCCCCCGAGGUCGCCAAGGAGCACUGGUCUGAGACCACCGUCGCGUACCAUAUCCCUGACGACUUCAGGGGCGAGGGCCACGACGUCGACCACAAGAUCCUGAAAGUGCUGUUCCACAGACCGUACUUCCACGUCAGCGUCAUCGAGGACGUCGCAGGGAUCUCCAUUGCAGGCGCGCUGAAGAACGUCGUCGCGCUGGGCUGUGGGUUCGUCGAGGGGCUCGGGUGGGGGAACAACGCCUCCGCUGCAAUCCAGCGUGUUGGGCUCGGCGAGAUCAUCAAGUUCGGACAGAUGUUCUUCCCAGAGUCCCGUGUCGAGACCUACUACCAAGAGUCAGCCGGUGUCGCGGACUUGAUCACUACUUGUUCCGGUGGGAGGAACGUCAAAGUCGCCAAACACAUGGCCAAGACCGGUCUGAGCGCAUUCGACGCGGAGAAGGAACUGCUGAACGGACAGUCCGCCCAGGGGAUCAUCACCUGCAAGGAGGUCCACGAGUGGCUGGAGACCUGCGAACUGCUGGACGAGUUCCCCCUGUUCGAGUCCGUCUACCAGAUCGUCUACAACAACGUCCCCAUGGACUCCAUCCCAGACUUGAUCGACGACCUGGAGGAAUUCCGCGUCGUCAAACAAUGA